AUGGAAGGUUCUUUUGGUUUGGCAAAUAUCGAGGCCGUUGGUUCUAUUGAUUUGGCAAGUAUCGAGGCCGUUGGUUCUUUUGGUUUGGCGAAUAUCGAGGCCGUUGGUUCAGUUGAUUUGGCGAAUAUCGAGACUGGCGGUUCCUUUGCUGGACCAAAUAUAGAAGAACUUGGUUUGUCAUUAACGUUUGAGAACAUAGAACCCAAUGCUGAUUUGGGUGAUGAUGGCGAUGCAUUAAGUGUUGUUUGGGAGAACAAUGAAGGGGUUGCUGUAGCAAAUAAUGAUGGCCGGUCAAACAGAGAUGAUGUCUUUGGUUGUUCCUCGGAUUUUGUCCAACUUGGUCGAAGAUCAAUAGGUGAGGAUUUGACUGGUGCGGAGAUGGAGAAGGAGGAAGAGGAGCUAGAUGCUUCACUAGUUUUUGUUUCAACAGAGGAGUCAUUUGAACUUACGGGCACAUCUGUCGACGGCAUUGUUGUUGUUGCUGAUGCUGCUGCCGUUGUUGCAGUUGUUGUUUCUGUCGUUGUCGUUGGAGCCUGUGUUGCCUCCUUUGCCUUCACCUCCUCCGCCGCUUUACUCUUUUGGAUGGUCUCCAAUCUAAUCUCUUCUAUUGAUCUAUCUUUGAAAUUCUCCAUUGCAGAAAUGUUCUUGAUGAUGACAUUAUUUCCCUUGUCCUCUGUGUCUCUGUAG